UUUCGAUCUUCAAUAACAGGGGAUGUUAAGAGACUGCUUGCACAUAAAACGGGAUUAGAGCCUGAAGAGCAAAUACUCAUCUUCCGAGGAAAAGAAAAGCAGGAUGAAGAGCAUUUGCACUUGGAAGGCAUAAAGGACAGUUCAGAAAUAUUUCUUUUUGAAGACGCUGCUAGCAAAGGGAGGAAACUUGAGGAAACCAGGAAAAAGUUUGACAUGUCGAAAGCUUGUGAGGCUAUUGCUGGAGUUAGAGCAGAGGUGGACCAGCUCUCUGAGAGGAUGACUGCCUUAGAGGUGGCUGUAAAAUGUGGAACCAAUGUUGCGGAGAAUGAAUUUCUCUCCUUGUCUGAGUUGCUUAUGAGGCAGUUGCUGAAACUGGAUGCUAUUCAGGCUGAAGGUGAAGCAAGGCUGCAGAGAAAAGCUGAGGUAUGUCGAGUGCAGAGCAUUGUUGAUAAAUUAGAUUCUCUAAAGGAGAUAAACUCCAAGCCUUCUAGCAACAAUGCCAAUGCAUUCCCAGAUGGAAAUGGAGAGACAUUUGACUCUGGAACAGGAAACGUGAAUGCUCCAUCCCCAAUGUCAACUUCAGGAGAAUUAGUUCAAGAUUUGGAGCAGUUUAACAGGGAGUUUGAACUUCGAGGCCCAGAUGAGGCUGAGGAUCCAAGCGCUAGUGAGGCUUUGUUUAGGAGAAGAGGGAAACGCUUAAACUUGGGUGCUCAAGUUCAGGAGGGGACUGAAAGAGGGGCUACCUCAGGGGCUAGUGAACUGGAAGAUCCCUUGGCUCUUGCUCACCCUGACUUUCAUAUUAUCUCUUCCACUACUAGAGAUUUCCAAUUCCCUGGGCAGAUGGAAACAGGGAAUGGUGAGACCCUGGCUAAUGGUAGUUCUGUCUUUUCACGAAUUCAAUCAAUUCCCGCCCGUGCCUCAACCUCUGAAUACUCUUUCGAGGUAGACACGUACGUCAAUGUUGGGGAGAUCCUACAGCUCAUUUCACCUUCCCCGGCCGUUACAGGAGCUUCUGCAACUGUCUCCACAAACGUAGCAAAAGGUCUAGCUGUGUUGUGUGAACUGGAUGAUAAAGCCACCAAACUAAUGGAGAUGGCCUUUAACAAAUAUCCCAACCUAAUGGUCGUUAGGUCUGAUAGAAGGAAGAGCUUCAUCGGUUGGAUGUUUUGCUCUUUGUCCAAUCUCCUUCAACUACUUUCAACGGCGUCUGCUGGCACCUUGGACGAGCCGAAGAUAAGUGAGAUUGAAGUUGUGCUUGGAGAGCUUGAGAGCUUUGGCUUUGAUCGUGGCUUCAUUAAUGAGAUGCGCUUGCAGGUGAGUGAGGCUUGGGAGGCUCGGUUAGCAAUAGACAAUGCCAGCUUUGAGUUGAAGACGCUGUGCACAAAGGCAGAAGAUCUUAGCCAAGAGAUUGCGAACAUGGAGCGUAAUUUAGCAGCGGCCAAAGCUGAGGCUGCACAGGUUGAAAACAGAAUAAGCACUUUGUGUGAAUUGGUAGAGGGGAAUCGCUCUCCUAUAUUUAAAUGGAUUGCAUAA